AUGGCCGAAGAGGACUUUGAGAUCGACUUUUACGGCGAUGCCAACAACGAGCAGCAGCAGGAUGACCAGCGCGGCGAUGGUGGCCACCACGACCACCACCAGGAUCACCACCAUGACGACCACCGACGGGAUAGCCACGAUGACCAGAACAUGGAUGAGCACCACCCGCAAGACAGCCAUCGGGGUCAAAGCCACGAUCCUGGCCAUCACAGUUCCGGUUCCCAACAAGGAACCAAGCGAAAGCAGGAAGAAGAUGGCCGGCCAGUUGACCAGGCUGCUACCACUUCAGUCAUGAUCUCCGAGUUGAAUUGGUGGACCACGGACGAUGACAUUCGAGGAUGGGCGCGACAAGCUGAGUGUGAAGACGAGCUCAAGGACAUUACGUUCAGCGAGCAUAAGGUCAACGGCAAGAGCAAGGGCCAAGCAUACGUCGAGUACUACUCACCUCAGGCGGCGACCGCAUUCAAGCACACCGUCGAACAGAUCAUGGCCGAGAGCCAAGCUGGCCACAAGAAGAUCAACUUGAGCUACUGGAACCCUAAUGUGAACCCCUUCAAGACACUGCCCAAGGACGCCCCAGCCCGGGCCAAGGACCAGAAUCGUUCAUCGUCAGGUUCUUACAACGACCGCGGCAACAAUAUGGGCGGAAACUUUGGCGGCGGCUUCCGGGGAGGACGCGGCGGAUAUAACCGUGGCGGUAUGAACCAGGGCAAUUACAACAACCGCAACUAUAACAACAACAAUAUGGGUGGCUUCAACCCCAACAUGGGAGGUGGAUUCAACGGACCCAUGGGCGGCGGCAACUUUGGCGGUUUCAACAACCGGGGCGGCAUGAUGGGUGGAGGCAUGCGCGGCGGCCCUGGUGGAAUGCGAGGAGGUCGAGGAGGCAUGAUGGGUAUGAACCCUAUGGGCGGAAUGCCUAUGGGUAUGCCCGGGAACAUGGGAAUGGGCAUGAUGGGCCCCAACGGGAUGCCUGGUUUCCAAGGCAUGCCUCCCAACUUCAACCCCGGCUUUGGCUUCAACCAGAACCAAGGCGGCGGUGAUUGGGGCAACCCGCACGGUGCUAAGCGACCACGUCCAGAAUAG